CAUCAAACUUCAUUAAUAAAUAGUUUUUGAGUUUGUGAAGUAGUCUUUUUUGUCCUAUAGUUAGUGUGAGAAAUGGCUUAUGCAGAUGUGGUUUCUCUCAUUCAAACUUUGAAGCAACUUAUGCAGCAAAAACCACGUUGGAUAAUCGGUGAUACUAGAAAAAUGAUCGAAUCUCUCCUUAAUAGUGCUGAUUAUUUUCAAAACUUUCUUGAGAAGACUUACAUGAGAAGACAAGUCUUUGGAAAUUCUGAAGAGUUGGAAAGAGUGAUUAGAAUUGCAGUGAACGACGUGGAGAAUGUGAUUGAACUAAAGAUGCAUGAAUAUAAUCUACUGGAGCACUGCUCAAGAGUUGGAUUGCCACGCCAGCCUUUAUGCGAUGACUUGCCUUCCCUUGUAGAAAAGAUUGAUUUUGUGAAGAGAAAGAUGACGAGAUUUGUGACAAAUAAGGAUCUGCCAUCGAGGGAUUACUUGCUAGGUCAUUCCUCAUCUAGGCGUGUUGCAAGUCUGAAUAUAGAUAAUGUUGUCGUAGGUCUUGAAGAUGACUUGAUGAAAGUCAUGAGAAGACUAACAGGGCCACCGUCUGGUCGAGAAAUUGUCUCAAUCUUGGGCAUGGGGGGGAUAGGUAAGACUACUCUAGCUAAAAAAGUAUACCAUCAUCCUGAAGUCAGGAAUCGCUUUGACGUCCAUAUUUGGAUAACAAUAUCUCAAGAGUAUCAAACUAGAGAUUUGUUACUGGGCAUUCUUUCCUGUAUUUUUCAGCUGAAAAAUGAGGUCCAAAAUGAGAUUUAUCGGUUGGCUGUGGGAGAUGAGAUCAAAGAAAGUAGUGAUGAUCAGCUGAUGGAUAUGAUACACAAAAAGUUAAAGUAUCGGAGGUAUCUUGUUAUCAUGGAUGAUAUUUGGAGUAAAGGCAUAUGGGAUCUUAUGACAAGAUUUUUUCCAGAUGAUAACAAUGGAAGUCGCAUUAUUUUGACAAGUAGGCACAAAGAGGUUGCUGAGCAUGCAGAUCCUGAUAGCAAUCCUCAUGAGAUGAGUCUCUUGAACUCAGAUAAUAGUUGGAAGUUACUUCAUGACAAGGUGUUUGGUUCACAACAUGAUGUUUGUCCCUGUGAAUUAGAGAAAAUCGGAAAGCAAGUAGCACAAAAGUGCCAAGGACUACCAUUAGCUCUUCUAGUGGUUGCAGGGCAUCUCUCCAAAACUUCUAGAACACGAGAAUGUUGGGAUGAUGUUGCCAAAACUAUUAGUAAAAUUGUUGCUAGUGAACCAGAUAAAUGUCUUGGAGUGCUUGCUAUGAGUUAUAGUUAUUUGCCUCAUCACCUAAAAGCAUGCUUCCUUUCUAUAGGAGUGUUCCCGGAAGAUUUUGUGAUUGCAACCGAGAGACUAAUCCAGUUAUGGGUUGCUGAAGGUUUUCUAAGACAUGAAAGGCUCAAAAGUAUGGAACAAGUAGCACAAGAAUGCUUGGAGGAUCUUAUUAGUAGGAACUUGAUAUUGGUUAGAAAGAGGAGAUUUAAUGGUGAGCUUAUAACAUGUGGGGUUCAUGAUCUGGUGCGCGACUUGAUUCUAAGACAAGGUGAGAAGGAGAAGUUUUUGAAGGUUACAAGAACUCAUGAUGUUAUUACAAGAUUCAUUGAUACAGCUAGUAAGCCUCAUGUUCAUCGCUACAGUUCACAUUCUCGGAUUUCUCAGGGGGAUUGCUGGAAUUCAACAUCUAGUCUCACCCGAACAUUGUACUUAUUCAAUGGACUAAAACAUGCACCGCGCCCUUCUAAACAAAUACCUUUCUUGGCGCGUUUCAAACUUCUAAGAGUUCUUGCAAUCCUUCAUUAUACAUUUCAAGAUUUCCCUCUUGAGAUAACAAAAUUAGUACAUCUCAGAUACCUUGAAUUCAACUGUCAUGAUGAUCUUCAAUGCUCAGUAUCAGAGCUUUACAAUCUGCAGAGUUUGAUUUUCGGACGACACUCUGAUUUACCAGUGGAGAUUUGGAAGAUGAAACUUUUGAAGCAUCUUGAGGUAAAAAAGAUCUCUUCAUUUCCUGUUCCAUCAAGUACGUAUACGACAGGGUCUAGUUCCAAGUUACAAAAUCUUGAGGUACUUUCAGAUUUAAGUAUUUCCUGCUGUAGUAAUGAAAUGUUCACUCAUACUCCGAAUCUAAAGAGGCUCAAACUUCAUGGAGCUUGGGAAGAAUGCAGAAGAGAUACGAUAUCUCAGACGCUCAAUAGCCUCUACUGUUUAACUGAACUUGAAAUAUUGAAGAUCAUAUGCUCCAGAAAAUUAUACCCUCACCCACUGCCAAGUAAGUAUGUUCUGCCUACAUCUCUGAUGAGGUUAACUUUAAGAUGUACUUAUUUACCAUGGGAAGACUUGGCAAAUAUCGUUACGUUGCCAAACCUUCAAGUGCUUAAAAUCAAAGACAAUGGAUUUGAUGGUGAUGCAUGGAGAUUAAGUGAUGAAGAAAUCUUCAAUCAACUUAAAUUCCUCCUAAUUGAUAGGACAAAUCUGAAACGCUGGAAAGCUGGCAGUGUUAACUUUCCAAAACUGCAACGCUUAGUUCUGAACAGAUGCAUAUACCUGGAGGAAAUCCCUAAAGACAUUGGGGAAAUUUAUACCUUGGAGUCAAUAGAGUUGCUUAAUUGCAGAACUUCAGCAGCAAAAUCCGUCAAAGAAAUUCAAGAAGAGCAAGAGAGCAUGGGAAAUGAUUGCCUUAGUGUCCGUAUCCACGACAAACCUUGGUGGGAUCAUUAA